GAAGAUGGCAGAAGAGAUGACUGCAACGUCUGACAAGAAAGUUCGAUUCAAGGAUCCAUCUUCGACAGAAGCGAUCAAACCCUACUGUCCUGUGACGGUGGAACCGAUCCAAUUCUUCGUGCUUACGGCACUUUUCAUGAAUUCGUCGCUUCGGCAACAGUACAUCUACUAUCGCAUCGGCAAUGGUACGGUCAACGAACAAGGAUCGAGCUGCUAUGGCAACAGCUCCAACUCAUCUGCUUACCAGGAACGACAGAAUGAUCAAGCGGAAGCCACCCAAUGGGCAACUGCGAUACAGCUGACCAGCGGGAUACCGGCUCUUGUAGUGACGGUCAUGAUUGGUUCUUUGUCAGACAAGCUCGGACGGAAGCUCAAUAUCACCAUCCCCGUUAUUGGAAGCUUGAUAAACUUUACUGUAGCUGCCUUUGUUGUCCAGUUUAACCUACCAAUAGCAGCCCUCCUCCCAGGGUACUUCUUUCUCGGACUUGGGGGCAGUGCUGCGGCUCUAAGUGGAGGUUGCUAUGCCUACAUCGCGGACAUCACUUUGAAAGGAAGAUCACGUUAUUUUCGCCAGGCUCUCCUGGCAGCCGCUGCUGGGGCGUCCGGGAUAGUUGCUGCCUUGGGGGGAAAUUUUUGGUUCCAACAACUUGGUUUCCCCUUGGGCAUUUCGCAACCGUUUUGGUUUACUGUCGGUUUGACUGGGUUUUGCCUGCUGUACACCAUCUUCGCCGUGAAAGAGACCUGUCCAAGGAAACCUGGAAGUCAACUCUGUGCGGUGUCCAACAUCACAGGCAUCUUUCAGCUCUUCAAGGUUAAGAGGAGGACACCAAGAUGGCCGAUCGGUGUUCUGGGUUUGGUAUUUUCCCUAAUCUGGGGCAUGUAUAAUACCAUACCUACCCUCAUCGUCACGUAUCUUGUGGGUCCGCCAUUUUGCUGGUCGCCAAGUUUCGUGGGGUUCUUUCAAGGUGCCGUUGGUGCCGGCUUCUUCGUGUCGGCAGUCGCCAUCAAACUGUUCAGCAAAUACCCCUAUGUUCUGAUGAUGGUGGGAUAUCUAUCGUCAGUGGGCUGCUUUACCAUUGCAGGACUAUCCCCAUACACACCAAACCAGGACGUGGCCAUGUUCAUCUCUGCAGCUAUUGGUUGCAUGUUGUCUGCAAGCAACACAGUCCUGAGGACCACCAUGUCUAAGAUGGUUGGACCUGAGGAACAAGGCAGCUUGUUUGGCCUGGUGUCCUUUAUAACGAGCCUAUCCGGUGUGGUGUUCGUCCCGCUAUGGAACUUCGUGUACAGCCGUACCAUUUUCAUCAUGCCUGGCAUGAUAUGGUUGAUUUUUGCCGCAGUCAUUGUGCUCAGUGCUAUCUUGACUGGGUUUGUCAAGUUUAUGGCUCCGGAGUUGGAGGAAGACAACCUUGUGGAAGAAGAAAAAGAAGACUACGACACAACGAAACUUUAAAGCUCAUUGUAAGUCGGUACAGGAUAAAGGUUUAUCUGUCGGUUUCCUUCACCAGUAGGUUUGCUUCAUUUCACCAUGAAUAUGGAGGUACACAAACAUUGCCAACAGUGCCCAAAGAUAGAAUAUAUACUAUUAGUUAAAUGUGGAUGUAUUGACAUAAUCUUUUGAGAUUGCUUGAUAAUGUGUUAUUAUACAUACCCACAUCAUUGCAAGGAAUGGCUGCAACACAAAUUCCUAUUGACUUUGUAUCUAGAAUAUCAUACGAUUAUUGGUUUAAUCAAAUUUAAUUUUCUGUGUUGGAAAUAACAGUUAAAAUCUGUUUCAUAAUGACUUCUACCGACAUAGGCAACUUCAACGGUUUAUCUACAAGCUUAAUUCUUCUUACCUUUGCAUUUGCUUGACUAUUUCAUUUGAAAACAUGUAUGGGUAUGUAUAAAAAUGUAUGCAGUGACAAAAAUGAGCAGAAAAAAAGCGUUCUUAGCUAGAAGAAAUCAAGAGAGUUUUUACAGUGAAAAGAAAUUUUAUCCCCGCCCCCACAAAAAAGUCACGUUUUUAGUCUAUACACCACGUUUUUCGGCGGUUCACAAGUCACGUAUUCCUACGUGUCAUACGUCACGUUUAUAAAAAAAUGUACGGAUACUUUACGUACAUGGGGUUCUGCAUACGUACGCAUGGAAGUAAAUAAAUGUUGCAUAGACCUCAAAACGUGAUUAUUUUACGUGCGUAAUUUUGACAUGGAAAUUAUGAGACCGAGCAGGGCUGUUU